AUGAGCACAAGACCGCCACCAGUACGAGGCGGAGGCGCCUUGUCUUUCGUUUCUAGGAGCAGCCUGCGGCCGGUGGUCAUAUCCAUUGGUGUCAUUGCGGCGAUCUGGUCUCUAAUAUGGGCGAUUGGCAGCUUCCAGACCAUCAGUACCGACAAGAACCAUGGCCAACCGAAGCUUGCAAGUUUAGCGAUAGUUCUCGGUGCAAUAUACGUAGGAGUAUGUGUCAUUGAAGUUCUCGGGAUCAUAGCGGCGUCCGUGCAACACAGGUUCAUGGUCCGCGUAUACGCGCUGCUGUCGGUCGUGAGCUCGUUCGCGAUCGUGGGCGCGGCGCUCGUGCGCGUUAUCGUGCACUUCAUCUUGAAGAACGACCUCAUAAGUGAAUGCGAGACGAUCGUGCAGGGCGACGAGGUAUUCUACCAAUUCGGGUUCUGGGGCCCCACGUACGAGACGAAACUCACGCUAGACGAAGCAACAUCAUAUUGCAAAGACAGCUGGAAUCACGACUCCUUCGUCGAGAUCAUCAUGCUCGUCAUCGAGCUACUGCUCUCGAUAUUCUUCACGAUGAUCGCCUUUGCAUACUACCGCCAAGUGCUGGACCCGACAAGCGCCGCGAACGUGUCCCGGCGCGCACCCGCGACAGUUACAGACCCCGCGCUAGAGAGCGAAUACCCCUCGCACUACAACCCGCCAUACCUCGGGUACGACGCGCCAUCCGUGCGCUACUCCCCGCCGCCGGGCAUGCCGCCCGCGCCGUACGACCCCAUCGCGAAGCCGCCGGACUACGCGGACGAGGCGGGGUACGGCGUCGGGAAAGGCCUCACCCUCUCCGACACGCCGCCAAAGGGGGACGACCCCUUCGCCGAUUUCGAGCACCGCGAGGCGGGGGAUACGGUGGACAAGGUCGACCCGUUCGCCGACACGCAUGAGCACGGCCCGGGCGCGGGCGAGAGCAGGUUCGUGGAGGAACGCGAGUCGCUGAUGUGA